AACAAGUACAAGCAAAGUCCUUUUCACUCUCUUCUUUGCUUAUUUACAGAAAGGGCGAAAAAAUCAAGAAAUUUUACAAAUUUCAUAAAUAUCUUACCUUGCUGACUUUGCUCAUCCAUUUUGCCCUAUUUCUCUCUGCCAAAUCUAAGAAAAUAAUGCAAGGAACUCAUUUGAGAGAGAAAAAGAAAUGUCGAGAGACUUUAUAAGAAACAAAGAGAACAAUGGGGUAACUUUGGCAAAGAUGCGGCUGGAGGUUUACUAUCACAGCUGCUGAUCAUCAAAGUCCCAUUCCCAGAUUUGUUUUGGUGUUUUGGUGCUUGUUAGCUUUUGAAGGCUGGAAUAGAAUCACUAUUGCAAAUCAUUGGAGUGAUCUUGAUUGAGCAGGUGCAAGGAGUCCGGCAUAAAAAUCUCUAAGGCUCGUUUUGGAAAGAUAUAGAGUAGUGAAAUAGAGUAAAUUGUUAUUCUGGCCUGGAUCCAUUACUUGGGUUUUUAUCACUGGUAUAAGGACCAGGCUUUGGCAAAGUCCAAACCGGUUGCACUAUUAUUCUUUGCUGGAAUCAUGGCAACUUUGUUACAUUCUGAGUCCAGACGCUUGUAUUCAUGGUGGUGGGACAGCCACAUUAGCCCUAAGAAUUCGAAAUGGCUUCAGGAAAAUCUUACAGAUAUGGAUACUAAAGUUAAAGCAAUGAUCAAACUGAUUGAAGAAGAUGCAGAUUCUUUUGCAAGAAGAGCAGAAAUGUACUAUGAAAAACGGCCAGAACUCAUAAAAUUGGUUGAGGAGUUCUAUAGAGCUUACCGUGCAUUAGCAGAGAGGUAUGAUCAUGCAACUGUGGAGCUUCGCCAGGCCCAUCGAACCAUGGCAGAAGUCCUUCCCAACCAGGUACCUUUUGUACUGGCUGAUGAAUCACCCUCAGGCUCUUCAGGCCCUGAGGUUGAGCCUCACACACCAGAAAUGCCACACCCAAUUCGUGCAUUCUUUGAUCCAGCUGACUUGCAAAAGGAUGCAAUGGGACUGUCUUCAACUUUUCAUGCUAUAAAAAAGAGUUCUGGAAAUUCAGAAGAAUCAGAGUCUGGGAUAAGCAAAAGGGGUUUAAAGCAGUUGAAUGAGAUCUUCGGGUCAGGAAUAGUGCCUCCAAGUUCCAACAUUGCUGAAGGAAGGAUGAAGAAGUGGAAUGGUGGUGAAGCAGAGGAUGGUGAGCUAGGUGGGUUUUCUCAGUUAUCUAUUGAGAAUCAAAAUCUGAAGACCCGGGUUCUUUCCGAGUCUGAGUGUGCUGGUAAAGCUGAAACUGAAUUACAAUUUUUGAAGAAAACUAUUGCUGAGAUUCAAGCUGAAAAGGAAGCUGUCCUUCUGCAGUACCAACAGAGUUUAAAGAAGUUAUCUAGCCUGGAGAGAGAACUAAAUGAAGCGCAAAAGGAUGCUGGGAAUCUUGACGAACGAGCCAGCAAAGCUGAAAUUGAAAUCAAAAUAUUGAAGGAAGCAUUAAGUAAAUUGGAAGCUGAGAGAGAUGCUGGUCUUCAUCAGUACAAUCAGUGUUUGGAAAGAAUAUCCAGCCUGGAGAAUACUAUUUCCCAAUCCCAAGAGGAUACAAAGGGGCUUAAUGAGAGGGCUUUUAAAGCAGAAAUUGGUGCUCGAAAUCUUAAGAUAGAGCUUUUUAGUUUAGAGGCUGAAAAGGAAGCUGGUCUUCUACGAUACAAGCAAUGUCUUGAUAUGAUAUCUGCAUUAGAAAAUAAAAUCUCACUUGCUGAGGAAAAUGUGGAAAUGCUUAACAUGCAAACUGAAAGAGCUGAAAGUGAAGUUAAAGCACUAAAAGAAGCUCUUGCUAAGCUGAAAGAAGAGAAAGAUAUUGCAGCUUUCCGGUAUGAGCAAUGCUUGGAAACAAUAGCCGAGAUGGAGAGUGAAAUUUCGUGUGCCCAAGAGGAUUCAAAACGAUUAAACAGUGAGAUUCUCCUCAAUGCUGAAAAAUUGAGGACUGUGGAAGAACAGCGUGUUUUGCUGGAGAGAUCGAAUCAAUCUCUACAGGUAGAGGCAGAUAAUCUGGUGCAGAAAAUAGCAAUUAAGGAUCAAGAACUUUCUGAGAAGCAAAAGGAGUUAGAGAAACUUCAGACAUCACUGCAGGAAGAACAUUUACAGUUUGUGCAAGUCGAAGCCACCCUACAAACUUUGCAAAAGUUACAUUCACAAUCUCAAGAAGAGCAGAGAGCUUUGACAUUGGAGAUUCAGAAUAGGCUUCAAAUGUUGAAGGAGUUGGAGAUCAGCAACCAUCAAUUGGAGGAAGACAUUCAGCAGGUGCAGGGAGAAAAUCAGAGUCUCAAUGAAUUAAACAGUUCUUCUUCCAUUUCUAUUAAGAAUCUGCAAGAUGAAAUUUUCAGCUUGAAGGAACUGAAAGAUAAACUUGAAAGUGAUGUUGCACUACAAAUUGUCCGAAGUAAUGUCCUCCAGCAAGAGGUUUACAAAUUGAAGGAGGAAAUUGAGGUGUUGAGUAGAGCAUACCAGGCUUUAAUUCAGCAGCUACUGUCUGUGGGUUUAAAUCCAGAAUGUAUAGAGCCGUCAGUGAAGGAAUUGCGAGAUGAAAACUCAAAGCUGAAAGAAGAAUGCAGCAAGCAUAGAGGUGAGACUGAAAUUCUUUAUGAGAAAUUGAGGGACAUGGAUGAUCUUUUGGAGAAGAAUGCUGUUUUGAGAAGUUCACUGUCAGAAUUUAAUGCCAAAUUGGAAGGGUCAAGGGAGCUGGUUGGGGAAUUGCAAAAGUCCCGUGAAUUUCUUCAGGGAGAAAAAUCUUCUCUUGUUGCUGAGAAAGCCACUGUUCUUUCUCAGUUACAGAUAAUGACUGAGAAUAUGCAGAAGCUCUUGGAGAAAAACACAUUGCUGGAAAGUUCUCUUUCUGGUGCCAAUAUUGAGCUUGAAGGCUUGAGAUCAAAGUCAAAGACCUUAGAAGAAUUUUGCCAAUAUCUCAAAAAUGAGAAAUCCAAUCUCGUAAAUGAAAAAGAGAGCCUGAUUUCUAAGCUAGAAAAUGUUGAAAAGAGGCUAUGCAUCCUGGAAUUCAGAUUUAAUAAACUGGAGGAAAAGUAUACUGACCUGGAGAAGGAGAAAGAGUCAACACUCUCUCAAGUAGAGGAACUACGGGAUUCCCUUGGUGUGGAACAACUAGAGCGUGCCUGUUAUGUGCAAUCAAGUGAAUCUCGAUUAGCAGAUAUAGAAAACCAUGUCCAUCUACUGCAAGAAGAAAGUGGGUUGAGGAAGAAAGAGUUUGAAGAAGAGAUGGAUAAAGCUGUCAAGGCUCAGGUUGAGAUCUUCAUCUUGCAAAAAUUUAUAAGAGACCUAGAGGAAAAAAACUUGUCUCUGUUGAUUGAAUGUCAGAAACAUAUUGAGGCAUCCAAAUUGUCAGAUAAACUAAUUAGGGAGUUGGAGAGUGAAAAUCUUGAGCAGCAGAUAGAGGGUGAAUUCCUGUUGGAUGAAAUUGAAAAACUGAGGUCUGGAAUUUUUCAGGUUUUCAGGGCUCUUCAGUUUGAUCCUGUUAACGGGCAUCAGGAUGCUAUUGAAUUGGAUCAAAUUCCUCUUUCACGUAUUCUGGAUAAUGUUGAAGACCUAAAGAGUUCACUAUCAAGGAACAAGGAGGAGAAGCAGCGGCUGCUAGUUGAGAACUCAGUGCUCUUGACUUUGAUCGGGCAACUUAAAUUAGAGGGCAUUGAACUUGAGUCCGAGAGUCAGGCCCUUGAGUAUGAGUUUGAGAUCAUGGAAAAGCAGAGUGCUAUGCUACAGAAAGAGAAGCAGGAGCUUCUAGAGAUGAACCAGCAGUUGAUGUUGGAAGUUUAUGAUGGAAAGCUGGAGAAAGAAAUAUUAAAUGCUGAACUGGAGACUCAACAUGUAAAGUUGAAGAGCAUGCAGGGAGCUUGCCUGCAAUUGCAGGAGGAAAAUUCCAAGCAGCUUGAAGAAAACAGAAGUUUGUUCAAGAAAUUUUUGGACCUCAAAGAGGAUAUGUGUACUCUUGAAGAUGAAAACAACAUUGCCCUACAAGAAGCAGUAGCCCUUGGUAGUCUCUCUCUCGUUUUAGAGACCUUCAGUGCUGAGAAAGCUAUUGAAGUUAAAGCACUUGCUGAAGAUGUAAGUGGUCUCCAAGUGAUUAACAUCGAUCUGAAGGAGAAGGUUGGGAAAUUGGAGGAGAAGUUGGACAAGAAAGAAGCUGAAAAUUUACGUCUGAAUGAAACUGUUGAAAAGUUACACAAGGAGCUAUAUGCUGUCAAAGAUUUGAAUGACCAAUUAAACUAUCAAAUUAUUAUUGGUAAUGAUUUUCUAAAACAAAAGACCAUUGAGCUUUCAGAAGCAGAUCAAAAGCUUCAGGCUGCACAUAACUUGAAUGCAGAGCUGUCCAGGUCUCUGGAGGAACUGACAAGGGAAUGUGAGGAAUCUAAACAGAUUAGAGAAAGUUUAGAGAAGCAGAUUCUCAAACUAUCCAAAGAUGGCAAAGAGCAGAAAAUGGAAAUUGAACACCUUCUUGAAGUAAAUGAAAAUUUGGGCUCUGAAGUUGUUACAUUGCAUAAGGAAAUCGAAGAACAAAAGAUGCGUGAAGAAAACCUGAGUCUAGAGCUGCAAGAGAGAAGCAAUGAGUUUGAACUCUGGGAGGCGGAGGCUGCAACAUUUUACUUUGAUUUCCAAGUUUCUGCCAUCCGUGAAGUUCUACUUGAAAAUAAGGUACAUGAGCUUACUGAAGUUUGUGAGACUCUUGAAGAAGAAAGUGCUCAAAAGAGUGCACAAAUAGGACAGAUGAAGGAAAAGGUUGAGUUCUUGGAAAGUGAAAUUGGAGGUUUGAAGGUCUGGAUGUCUGCAUAUAUUCCUGUCAUAUCUUCACUGAGAGACAGUAUAACUUCCCUUGAGCACAAUGCCCAUCUUCAGCGAAAGCUUUGUGUUCCAAGUAGUGAAAAAGACGAGCAGGAUGUAGAAAUGGCUGAUGAACUUCACGAAAUGAGGUCUGAGAAACUCAAAGAAGGACAAAUUUCUUUUUUGACAGCUGGAAUUUCAGACUUGCAGGAGUUGCACACUAGGCUUAAAGCAGUUGAAAAGGCAGUGAUGGAAGAGAUGGACAGGCUUGUAAAGCAAGAAAGUAAUAGGAACAGCAGCCAAAUUGAAGCUUCUGCUAAUGGCAUUGUGCCCCCAUAUCAUGAAGAGAAGAAAGAUAUGCAAGUUGGUGAUGAGCUUGCUCAAAACCUCCAGUCAAAGAAGAUGAAACCUGAAAUUUCUGAAUUGAGGAAUGGGAUAUUGUUGAAAGAUAUUCCCCUGGAUCAGGUCUCAGAUUGUUCGUUAUAUGGAAGGAGCAAGAGAGAGAAUAGAGCAGCUGAUGAUCAAAUGCUUGAGCUAUGGGAGUCUGCUGAGCAUGAAUGUGUUGUUGAUUCAACAAUGAAUGGCAUGCAUAAAGGGGCAAUUUUAGCAGGGGAGAUCAUUUCUUGUCAUCAGUUCGAUGGGGUAGAGCAGAAAAAUGAUGAUCUUUCUUUGGGAACACAGAUUGAGAAGGAGCUGAGUAUCGAUAAGCCUGAGAUAUCUACUAGCAUUAGAGAGCCAAAGAAAGGAGCAAAAGGCAGAAAGGUCUUAGAGAGACUUGCUUCUGAUGCUCAUAAAUUGACGAGUCUUCAAACUACUGUCAAAGAGCUGAAAAAGAGAAUGGAAACCAAAAAGAGGAAGAAGGCAUACGAUCUAGAAUAUGGCCAAGUUAAAGAGCAAUUGCAGGAGGUGGAGGAUGCCAUCAUAGAGUUGGUGAAUGUCAACAGUCCAUUAACUAAGGAUGUUGAAGGGAGUCUAUCUUUAGAUGGGACAAACUCAGCUGAGCUGGAAGAAUCUGGAAAUAGUGACAGGAAAAAUGUGCAAGAGCGGGCAGAAAAACGGUCUGAAAAGAUUGGAAGAUUACAGUUUGAGGUGCAGAGCGUGGAGUAUGUUUUGCUGAAACUGGAAGAUGAAAGGAAGAGCAAAGGAAAAAACAGAAAGGGUGUCCUCUUAAGGAACUUCAUCAACAGUGGUGGGAGACGAAUUGGAAGGCAGAAGAAGGCUUGUUUUUGUGGGUGUGCAAGACCUACUAAUGACUGAGGCUAGCAGACAGAAGAAAGCCUGUUGUUUCUUGUUAGCCACAAAUUUCCAUUGGGGGUAUUAUUCUUAAUAUCUAUCGAGAGCAAACUGUUACUACUAGCUUUUAGAGCAUUGUAAGAAUUAGGCCUCAUCUAAUCAAUCAAUAAGCUGCCUCCAGCAUUUUAUCAUGCAAUUUCUGGUAACAAUGUCAAAGAAUUAGAACUUUCUUUUAUAUCCAAUUACAUUUACUCUGGUCAAUGGAAUUUAAACUUGAAACAUGCAGCUCGACAGCUCAAGUCGCAUACUUCUAUCUCCAUUUUGGUUUUAGAUUUUACAAGGAGUUGGCUAUUUGAUGUUAUUGACCCUGGCAAUAGAACUACAAAUCAUUUGAUGUUACUUAAGCUGUGCUGGUCUCCGAAUACUUUCAAGGCCAUUGUCAUAAAAAAUGAUUUAGCAGCUGUCGCAGCUGCCGGCCGAACUUCACGUGAUAUUUAUCAAAACGCCAUCUCCAUAUCCCAAUGUAGAAGUUCUAAAGAAAAUGGAACCACUUUCAUUUCAGAGACCAGAAACAAAACCCCAUCAUUAAAAUACUCAUUCCAAAUGGGUGGGUGUUCAUAUGGUAGCAUUAGCAAAACCAGCAAGCUGUACAAUGCACAGUGACCUAGGGGUAUUUCAGAUCAAUGGGAUAACAUUAA